AACUUUAAAAUGUACUAUAGAUCUUGAAGUGGCAUAAACUCCCAUAACCAAGGUUGUGCUAAGUGGCUUCCACAGUGAAGUAGGAAUUUUCCCUAGAAAAUGAGGGGGUUUCGUUAUUUUGGGAUGAUGUUCUUUUGUCUUUUGGUAUUUAUGGGAUCAACUGAAGCUCAAUUGCAGAUGGGUUUUUAUUCUAGUAGCUGCCCAAAUGCUGAGAGGAUUGUGCAAGACUAUGUUAACAGGCAUAUCCAUAAUGCUCCAUCACUGGCAGCAGCUAUCAUAAGAAUGCAUUUCCAUGAUUGCUUUGUUAGGGGCUGUGAUGCAUCUGUGCUUUUGAACACAACUUCAAGCAAUAACCAAACUGAAAAGGUGGCAACUCCAAAUUUGACACUGAGAGGCUUUGAUUUCAUUGACAAAGUUAAGAGCCUAUUAGAAGCAGCCUGCCCUGCUGUAGUCUCCUGUGCUGACAUUGUUGCUUUGGUUGCAAGGGAUGCUGUUGUAGCCACUGGUGGUCCAUUCUGGAGAGUUCCAACGGGACGAAGAGACGGGACAAUUUCAAGAUCCUCUGAGGCCUUGAACAAUAUCCCGCCUCCAACAAGCAACUUCACCAAUCUACAGACACUUUUUGCUAACCAAGGACUGGACUUGAAAGACUUGGUCUUGCUAUCAGGUGCUCACACAAUUGGGAUAUCACAUUGUUCAUCAUUUUCAAACCGCCUUUACAAUUUCACUGGAGUAGGUGAUCAGGACCCAGCUCUAGAUAGCGAAUACGCUGCCAAUCUCAAGGCAAGGAAGUGCAGAAGUCUUAAUGACAAUACCACUAUAGUAGAAAUGGACCCUGGAAGUUUCAGGACAUUUGAUCUUAGCUACUACAGUCUUUUACUCAAAAGACGGGGUUUGUUCCAAUCUGAUUCUGCCUUAACCACAAACUCCGCUACAUUGUCUUUCGUCAACCAGCUACUCCAAGGUCCACUUCAGAAUUUCUUUGCGGAAUUCGCAAAUUCCAUGGAGAAAAUGGGCAGAAUCAAUGUUAAGACCGGCACAACUGGAGAAAUUAGAAAGCACUGUGCAGUUGUGAAUAGCUAAGAAUCUUCUGUUAAUCGGUUCCUAUGUGUGCAUGUGCGUUUCAUUUCUACUCAAAUAAUGCCAAUAAGACUUUAUUUCUUUUGAA